CAAUGUUCCUAGAACGAAACGGAAAAACAACAAACAUUGCGGUGCCACACAGUCCACAUAACCAAUAGAACCGUAACAGUUUCGGCUUUCGGCACGAUUUUCCCACCCUUGAGUUAGUGUUUUCCCCGCGAAAUCAACAUUUUCCGAUGGUAAACGUACGCUAGCCGGUUGUGCGUAUAGUUGAAUCCGGUUUUCACGAUCCCGAAUAUCAUGUACGCUCGUGUAAGCGAACGCCAUGCAGCAUCGACCGGAACGAACGUUGCCAAACGUAAAUCUCAACCUGCCUGUUUUUGUUGCGUUAAAAUUCUGUUAAGAAUUUGAACCUUAUUUGGUGAUGAUUUUCGGCACGUGUUGAUUGAUUUUUCCCGCAUACCCAGGGAAAGUGCGUUAUUGUUGUCCUGUGAAAAGUAGUCCCCGAAGUUGGUCACAUUCACCGAACGAAAGCCGUCCGAAAUGUCAUUCCGCGAUUGGAAGAUUGUGCGGGUGCUGGCCGGAAUAGCGAUGCGGAUAUGGGCCGCUAGUGGUGCCGCGCUACUGACCGCCUUCCUGAUAUACGUGGUGUACGGUGGCUUUUUUGCUUUCCUUCUGCUUUUGUUUGCCGUGUCGGGCAUCCUGUACCACGCACAAGACAACCUUCUGUACCAUCCAGAGCUGCCAGCCAAUUCACGAAUCUUCAUACCCGUUCCGUCGAUGCACGGAUUGCCUUACGAAACGUUACACCUGAAAACGCGGGAUGCCACCUCGCUGCACGCCUUCUGGAUCCGGCACCCGGGUGAUAAGGGCCGCUACGUACCGACCAUUGUGUACUUUCACGGAAAUGCCGGCAAUAUGGGCCAUCGCCUGCAGAACGCUAGCGGCUUUUACCACACGCUCCAGUGCAACGUGCUGAUGGUGGAGUACCGGGGAUAUGGUCUGUCGACGGGGACACCUAGCGAGAAGGGAUUCUUUGCCGACGCUCGUUGCGUGCUGGAUCAUCUGUUCAGUCGGCAUGAUUUGGAUCAUGGGCAAAUCAUAAUAUUCGGCCGAUCGCUCGGUGGUGCCGUAUCGAUCGAUCUGGCCGCCGAUGCGGUGUACGGUUCGAAGAUUAUGGGUGUGAUUGUGGAGAACACGUUCACCAGCAUACCGGAUAUGGCGGUGGAGUUGAUUCACCCGGCGGUGAAAUAUUUGCCGCUGCUACUGUACCGGAACCAGUACCUGUCCGUGCACAAGAUUCAGUUCAUUUCCGCCCCAAUACUGUUCGUUUCCGGCCUGGCCGACACACUAGUGCCUCCGAGGAUGAUGACGAUGUUGCACACGCGAUGUGGCAGCACCCGCAAACAGAUGCUGCAGAUUGUUGGUGGAUCGCAUAACGACACGUGGGCUGUGAAUGGGUACUACCAGGGUGUAGCCCAAUUUCUUAAGGAGUGUAGAGAAACCAAAGGACCACUACAGACGCCCCCGGUAAGCCACAACGUGUGGCCCAACAUUGAGGAAGUGUGAGGUGCUGCGACUGCCACGCGAUUUGCUGCCCACCAGGUACCAUCCGCGCUCCGGGCGCUGCUUGCCAAAUGUCGGUGAUAGGUCCAACGACGGGGAACGGUGAUGGAUAGACCCUUGAGCAAUUGACCCGUAAUGAUGAUGAUGACUUAACGCGAUUGAACGAGCACAUUACCGGGGCGCCGGCGGCCUACUAACUUGCCUACUAAGCAACAAAAAAGGAUCACACAAAAACACACACACACACUCACAAUUACGAAUUCGCUGCUCGUGAGGUUAGCUCGCUAGCUCGCUUGUCGCAUUUUACAAGCGCCAAACAAUUAGAAUCUAGUUGAACAAACCGUCUCAUCAACACAAAAUUUUUGCGGCCACAGCUCGGUGAAGGAAACCUGAAGCUUCGUUCCUGCAUCAAACAACAAACCCGCGACAGCGCGCACCCAGGAGCGGGAACGUCACACACACACACAGCAACAGUAAACAAUAAGUGGUUAAAUUUGGAGCAUUAGCAUAAUAACAAUAUUAAAAUAAUAAAUUAGCGUUAAAGCGUA